UUUUUUCGCUGCACAUAAAAUCCGACAAUGUCUGUUCAGCCCGUUUAGAAACACAAUUGUUUUGCUCUCGUUUGCUUGAGUUCACCAGAAUGUGUUUUCGUUGAUGAGAAAUAUUUUAAACAAAAAAUGAAACCGUUCGUGGUAAUUCGUAGAAUGGAAAAACAGGACAACGUGCAAUGCCAGAAUGUAGUUAAGGAUUUUAUUAUGGCCGGUGCGUGGGAUGCCUUCGUCUCAUGUUUGUUUCGUGAGAUCACCCUUCAGCUGAUCGUAAUUGUGUGGGCCAUUAUGUUCAUUUUCUUUGGCAUACCUUUGCUCAUGUGCUGCCUGGCAAUACCUGUGGUAAUUGGCUUAAUAUUAUUCACCACAUAUGGAAGUUAUUUUAACAAGGCCAACGAAUUAGCGAUCAGGGGAGGAAACAACCUCUGCUGGGUUGCAGAGAUUUACGAAUCCAACGUUUUCAACGAUUCAACUAAAAGUCUUCAAAUAGAUCAGUUUUAUGAAGAUUCUCCGGGUGCAGACAAGAACGAAAUAAGGAAAAUGAAACGGAAAAUUGUCGGUACCAUUAGCUAUAAAAACCAUCUGAUUGUCGAUAAUUCCGCUUGGAUUUAUCGUCUGGCCGUUUGCCCUAAAUAUCCAUUUAGAGAGAUUGCAGAGCAAUUGAUCGUUCGAGUUUUAGCAAAUGCAAGCGAUAAUCAAUUAUCGACAGUUGAGACAGUUACGUCUGAGUGCGAUGAUGGUAUACGGGAGGUAUACUUAAAAUUGGGAUUUACGCUGCGACUAGUGUAUCAUAAACAAAUUAUCGGUAAUACAUUAAAAAUAAUGAAAUGUCAAAUAGGAAUUGAUCCUUCUAUGUGGAAUCAAAGUAAGGACCAGAUUAACCUUGAACUACAAUGAAUCAUUGAACAUUCUUGUUUUUAUCUUAUAUAUACAUUAUGCUAUUUACAAGCAUAACGUUUUUUAAUCUCAAUUGGAUAAAUAUAGCUCACCGACUGAUAUUUCAAAUUGCAGAAAUGUAUAAGUAUAAGGGUAUUUGUAUUUCCGUCUUCAAAAUUGAAAACAGCAAGUUUUAAUAUAUAAUUGUUGCUAGCCUAGGUUCAUUUGUUUUUCGAUACCAGUCCUAGCAAUUGAAAAGUUAUGGGACCAAUGUAUUCCGAUUUGUUUGAGCAUAUAAUAUAUCAGAG